GCCCCGCGGUUUUUCAACGUAAACGUAGACGCUCCGCCCCCGCGAGCUUCCAUGUGAAACAAAUACAUAAGACAUUUCCCGCGUGAUAUUUCUCUCUCCCGGGUCCAGUCGCGCCAAAACAGCAGAUCUUUUGAGAUGGCGACCAUACUGGACGUUCCCAAACCGAGAAUAAACUGCUCUUUGCUGUCGCAGCACAUAAGCAGACCGGUCUGCUUCGUAGGGCGUGUUGAAAAGGUACAUCCAACAGGAAAGUCGUUCACCGUCUCGGAUGGAGAAGGAAAGAUUGCAACAGUUGAACUAAACGAGCCUCUUGAAGAAGAGCUGAGCGGCGUUGUGGAGGUCAUUGGUAUGGUGUCCAACAAGGGGGCAAUAAUGGCCACCACAUACAACAUGCUACGAGAGGACAAGGGCAUUCCUUUUGAUUUAGAGCUGUAUAAUGAAGCCCUGAAGGUCGUCCAUGAUUUCCCCCAGCACUACCCUUUUGAAGUGGCUGCAAGUGGAUGAGGAUCACCAUGUCAAACUGCCAUUCUUUCUAUUGUUCGUUUCUUGUGCCCAGUUUUUUGUUGUGAGUAAAAAUGCAUUUGUGAGAAAGAAAAUCUUUAAGUUUUUGUGAAAUAAAAUUAUAACCUGUAAAGACCAAGUGAAGUGGAGAUCUUAAAAUAUAAUAAGCAUAACAAACAAUCAUUGUUGACUUUGGGAAUCAGUAUUUGUGGCAAAGUAUUCACAGGUUAAAGGUCUGCUCACUAGUUUUAGUAAGUGGACCUCUGAGUUGCGAUUACUAUGUUAAUAAAAUAUUUGAAACCUG